GAACUUGAGUUGUGAUUUUUUGUUUUCAUUGAGUGUAAUUAGCGAGCUUACAUUGUUUAUUUAUGAAUCAAAAGUUCUGGUAUUUGUACUCACCUGCUAUUUUGCAUUAAUGAUUCAUCAUGUGGAUGUUUCUCCAAAAGAAAAAAAAAAAAGAAGAGAAAAACAAGGAUAGACUACAAGAUAUAUCUUAAUAACCCUACUUUGGGUACUUCCGAACAAGUUUUGUGGAUGUAUGUCGCUAAAUGUAGGAAAAAGAUACAGAUAAGGCUACAGGUUGUGAAAUAAUAAUCAUUGUAAACCAUGUAUAUUUAUAGGUCUUCUAAUCUUCCAUGGGUAACUUCCUCACAUGAUAAUAGAAGAAAGAAAAGGAUACAGAUUUGAUUUGAUAUAUUAUCCAUUGUAGUGUGUGCUUUCUGAUUUUUACUGUCUUAUUUUCAAUCCUAUUCUACAACUAGAUCUCGGCUCAAUAGAAAUGUAUCCGUCGCAGGAUUGUAAGGAAAUAAGACAGCAAAGUACUAAAUUUGCCAAUAAAGUUGUGAUCUGCUGUAUAAAUCUUUUAAUACCCAAACUAAUUAGGAUUUGCUACUUAGUGUUAAUAUAAUCAGGACUCUGGAUAUUACACUCUGGGAAAUAGGAGGAAAAGAAAAGGAAAAGGUGGACAAUAGGAAAAGUAAAGUAUUUUAGUGUCUAGUGCCGCUUUUUUUUUUUCCUUUUUCUUUUCUUUUUUGGCAUUUUAUUGUGAAAGGACCCAAUUUAAUUGCGAAACUUCGGUUACAUAAUAGUUGAAGAAAGAGACGUCAAAACUUAGAACCAAUGUCAUAAUUCAAGGGUGCCACAACAUAUAAGCUUAAAGAGGAUGUACGUCAUUGUGUUGGAGGGCAUUUUAUUCCAGUACGAGUUCAGAGUGUAGUACAAGAUUUAGUCUUCAUUGUUGAUCAUGUGCAAGAUCUAGUCUUAAUACCAGUUGUCUCUGAGAACUAUAAGUCCAAUACAGAAAUCUAGUAUCUUCCCUACCUUGAGACCAGUAAGCUGGCCAUCUAGAAAUUUUGAAUAACUUAACUCAUUACUUGGUUUUACCUAUCCAAGAAAAAGGAAGGGAAAAGCAGAAACUUGUUGCUAGUUUUGAAACAGACAAUAGCUGAAUAACCUUGUCCCCUCCAAUUAAAAACAUGAUAUGACACAAAAUUUUGCUGCUGCUUAUAGAUUAUAUGUGAAGCCAAAGUUAAAUCUGCAACCAUUGAAACAUAAUGAAUUAGUUCCUUAUUCAUUCAAUCGUGUACUACAUAAAAAAGUUUGUGAAUCUUAACUGUAAAACCCCAAACUAGAUAGAGGUGGCUAAUAAAUAAACAUUUAAUAUGAAAUCUUUUGCUCCCCUUGCCACUGGAGAAUCCGACAAAUGCAUGCACUUGUGUAGUGAUAAAACUGUAUUACACGCUCAGGGAAUUAUGUUUCACGUCAUAUUUUUUCGUGGGUCAAAGUAGACUUUCAAAGGAUCAACACUAUUUGUGAUCUACAGGAGCAACACUGACCUUCUUUGGAUUUUCUGAGCAGUUCAUUGGGAACUUUUCUGAAUCAUCCUUAUAUCUAGGGACAGUUGUAACGUGAACAGUCCAAAUACGAAGUUCCUGUAAUUUUUACCUUUGCUAUAUUUAUUUUGAUCUGUUGCAAUUUUGAAGAAGUACGAUGACCUGACAUGGAUUGAGGCCUUCAGAUCUCUUCUUUUGCUCUUCAAUUUUGAAAUUUGUAAAUGUUCGUGGGUUUACUAAUUUUAGAAAGAAUUUGGCAUUUUUAACUUAUGUUGUUUGAUUGACUGAGUUUUGAGAAAUUCUCUUACUACAUCAAUGGAGAGCUUAGCGCACCUUGAAGCUUUGUGUGAGAGGCUUUACAAUUCACAGGAUUCUACUGAGCGAGCUCAUGCAGAAAAUACACUAAAAUGCUUCUCAGUAAAUAGCAGCUAUAUUUCACAAUGUCAGUACAUUCUGGACAAUGCAUCAACUCCUUAUGCAUUGAUGCUGGCUAGUUCAAGCUUGUUGAAGCAAGUGUCCGAACAACGCCUAUCUUUGGCGAUCCGGUUUGAUAUUCGCAACUAUCUCAUAAAUUACCUUGCAACAAGAGGAAUUGACUUGGAGACUUUUGUAACUGCAUCUUUAAUUCAACUUUUUUGCCGAGUUACGAAGUAUGGGUGGUUUGAGGAUGACAUCUUCAGAGAGGUGGUCAAAGAAUCCACCAGCUUCUUGAAUCAGACAACAUCUCAUUGUGCAAUUGGUUUGAAGAUACUGAAUCAACUCGUGUCGGAAAUGAAUCAGCCCAGUCCUGAAUUGCCAUCAGCACAACAUCGUAGAGUGGCUUGCUCCUUCAGAGAUCAAUCACUUCUUCAAGUAUUCCAAAUAUCCCUGACAUCAAUGUCCCAAGUGAAAAAUGAUGCAACAAUUUCUGAGGAUGCAGCUAGCAGCAAACUACAAGAACUGGCUCUUACUCUGUCCCUAAAAUGUUUAUCAUUCGACUUUAUGGGAACAACAGUUGAUGAAAGUUCGGACGAUUUUAGCACUAUUCAGAUCCCAUCUUCAUGGAAGCAAGUCUUGGAGGAUCAAUCGACGGUGCAAAUUUUUUUUGACUAUUAUGAGAUUAGUAAGCCAAACAUAUCGAAGGAGGCUUUAGAGUGUUUAGUCCGUCUGGCUUCAGUGAGGAGAUCGCUGUUUACAAAUGAUACUUCUAGGGUAAAAUACUUGGCACACCUGAUGACAGGAACGAAAGACAUUAUGCAAACUGGGAAAGGUCUGGCUCAUCAUGAUAAUUAUCAUGAGUUCUGUCGGCUUCUUGGACGUUUUAAAGUCAAUUAUCAGUUAUCAGAGCUUGUCAAUGUGGAAAGUUAUAGGGACUGGAUACGUCUGGUUGCCGAAUUUACUUUGAGAUCUUUGCAAUCUUGGCAGUGGGCUAGCAGCAGUGUUUACUACCUUCUUGGACUGUGGUCUAGAUUGGUUUCAUCAGUGCCAUAUUUGAAGGGAGACACACCAAGCCUUCUUAGUGAAUUUGUGCCAGAGAUUGUCAAAAGUUUUAUAACAUCUAGAUUUGGUUCCUUACAGGGUGAAGUCUCUGAUCUCUCAGAGAAUCCCCUUGACAAUGUUGAACUUCUUCAAGAUCAGCUUGAUUGCCUUCCUUAUCUUUGCAGAUUUCAGUAUGAUAGCUGUAGCUCAUACGUUAUGCAGAUAACUGAUCCUCUGUUGCAGAUCUAUAUGGAAUCUGCUGAUCCUCAAGUUCUUACAAUGGUGGAAACAAAAUUUGCUUGGAUAGUUCACAUAAUUGCAGCUAUUGUUAAGACUAAGCAACUUAGUGGAUACAAUGGGGAAUCUCAAGAAAUUCAUGACGCAGAACUUUCAGCACGUGUACUGCAGCUGAUAAAUGUUACCGAUAGCGGUUUACGCAGUCAGAGAUAUGCAGAAACAAGCAAACAACGUCUUGAUCUAGCUAUUCUUGUGUUCUUCCAGAACUUCAGAAAGUCGUAUGUUGGAGAUCAGGCAAUACAUUCAUCAAAGCAACUAUAUGCUAAAUUGGCUGAGUUACUUGGGCUCUAUGAUCAUAUGCUUAUAUUGAAUAUCAUUGUUGGGAAGAUAGCAACCAAUCUUAAGUUUUAUGGAGAGUGUGAGGAAGUUAUCAGUCAAACAUUAAAUCUCAUGUUGGAAAUGGCAUCUGGAUAUAUGACUGCAAAACUUAUUGUAAAGUUGGAUACAACUCAACUAAUAAUCUCCAAUCGGAAUAGGGAAGAGUUCUCAUUUUUAGGGGACUACAGGUGCUCACGUAGUAGAACAACCUUCUACUACAUUAUUGGCUUGCUCAUCUUUUUGGAAGAUAGCUUUUUGAAAUUUAAAGCAUCAAUGGAUCCACUUUUGCAGGUAUUUCUGAGUUUGGAAUUGAUACCGGAUGCCUUGUUUUGCACUGAUGAUGUUAAACAAGCAUUAAUUGGGUUGAUGAGGGAUCUCAGAGGAAUUGCAAUGGCUACAAGUAGCCGAAGGACAUACGGUUUCCUAUUUGAUUGGUUAUAUCCAGCACAUAUUCCUCUUCUUCUUAAGGCCAUAACAAUAUGGGCAGACACUCCAGAGGUGACAACACCGCUACUCAAGUUCGUAGCUGAGUUUGUGCUGAACAAGUCCCAACGACUGAACUUUGAAACUUCAUCUCCCAAUGGCAUUCUUCUUUUUCGAGAACUCAGCAAAUUGAUUGUUACAUAUGGAUCCAUAAUUCUCUCACUGCCUAAUCGUGUGGAUAUGUAUCAGUUCAAAUAUAAGGGCAUUUGGAUUUCCUUGACUAUUCUUUCAAGGGCACUUGCUGGUAACUAUGUCAACUUUGGGGUGUUUGAGAUUUAUGGCGACAGAGCGCUUGUAGAUGCUUUUGACAUUGCUAUGAGGAUGGUACUAUCUAUUCCUUUGGCAGAUAUACUUGCCUACAGAAAGCUUUCAGGAGCUUACUUCACAUUUCUGGAAAUCAUGAUGAAAAACCAGAUCCAGUUGAUACUAAACUUGGACUCCAAUAGCUUUACAUUUAUCGCUGGAUCUCUUGAGUCUGGACUUAAAGUACUGGAUGCUAAUAUCAAAUCACAGUGCGCAUCUGCUGUAGACAACUUGGCUACUUUUUAUUUCGAACACAUAACAGCUGGAGAAUCACCUACUACCCCCAUGGCUCUGAACUUGGCGCAACAUUUAGCAGAUUGCCCGGACAUAUUUCUUGAGAUAUUGAAGACUCUCUUUGAGAUUGUUUUAUUUGAAGAUUGUGGCAACCAAUGGAGCCUAAGUCGUCCGAUGCUGAGUAUGAUACUCAUUAGCGAAGAGAUGUUCUCAAGCUUAAGAGCUCAGAUUUUAUCUUCACAGCCAGCAGACCUACAACAACGUCUUUCACUGUGCUUUGACAAACUUAUGGCUGAUAUAACCCGAAGCUUGGAUCAGAAGAAUAGAGAUAAGUUCUCCAACAAUCUAACUAGAUUCAGGAAUGAGUUUCGGACCAGAUAAGUACAGUGAUAUCAGCAAGUGGUGGAUCCCUUGUACAUAUAUAAUAGCCUUUCUCUUGCUUUCCCAAACACAUACAUAAAAGAAAAGGCACAAUUCGAAGGACAGGGAAAGUGAGAGCCAAGAAAAAAGAAGCAACAUGAAGAUUUGUUCUCCCUUUCCUCCCCAUGGGUGACAUGCAUUCUGUGUUGUGAUUUAUGUCAUAUUUUGCUAAAUCCGUGGUGCAAUUUUACUGAAGAUUUUACUUUUGCUAGUAGAAAUGCAAAGGAUCGUUAGUGUUUUUUUGACAAGAGAAUUUGUAGAUACUGUCAUUAACGUAUUGGAUUAUAAGAAUCAACUAAUGCAAUGGUAUUACUGAUGGGGGGUUUCUGCA